CUCGCUCAAGUCCCGGCGGCGGCGGCUCCCGGCGGUGGCUCCCGGCGGCCCGUCGGACGGGGAGGGCGCCCGCGGGACAGUCACCUCUUUGGAAAGAUGGUUCUUCAUUUCAACUCCCUUUUUGGCUUCUCUGUCAUUCUCCUGUACCACUGGAUGGGUUCAGCUGUGUCUUUGAAUCUGGAGGAUCCCAAUGUGUGUAGCCACUGGGAAAGUUACUCAGUUACAGUGCAAGAGUCAUAUCCACAUCCUUUUGAUCAGAUUUACUACACCAGUUGUACUGACAUCCUGAACUGGUUCAAGUGCACGCGACACAGGAUCAGCUACCGCACUGCCUACAGACAUGGUGAGAAAACGAUGUACAGGCGCAAAUCCCAGUGCUGCCCCGGAUUCUAUGAGAGCAGGGAAAUGUGUGUCCCUCACUGUGCUGAUAAGUGUGUCCAUGGCCGUUGUAUUGCUCCCAACACCUGUCAGUGUGAGCCUGGCUGGGGAGGACCCAACUGCUCCAGUGCGUGCGACAGCGACCACUGGGGACCCCACUGCAGCAGCCGCUGCCAGUGCAAGAACGGGGCCCUGUGCAACCCCAUCACCGGGGCCUGCCACUGCUCCGCCGGCUUCAAGGGCUGGCGCUGCGAGGAGCGCUGCGACCCCGGCUCCUACGGCAACGAGUGCCACCAGAAGUGCCAGUGCCAGAACAGAGCCACCUGCGACCACGUCACCGGAGAGUGCAGGUGUCCCCCCGGAUACACCGGCGCCUUCUGUGAGGACCUGUGUCCCCCCGGGAAGCAUGGCCCACAGUGCGAGGAGAGGUGCCCGUGCCAGAAUGGAGGCGUCUGUCACCACAUCACCGGGGAGUGCUCCUGCCCGCCGGGAUGGAUGGGCAUGGUGUGUGGUCAGCCUUGUCCUGAGGGUCGUUUUGGGAAGAACUGCUCGCAGGAGUGCCAGUGCCACAACGGAGGGAGCUGCGACUCGGUGACGGGUCACUGCCACUGCAGCCCGGGCUACACAGGGGAACGGUGCCAGGAUGAGUGCCCAGUGGGGAGCUACGGGCUGCGUUGUGCAGAGACCUGCAAGUGUGCGAACGGUGGGAAGUGCUACCACAUCAAUGGUGCCUGCCUCUGUGAGCCAGGCUACACCGGGCAGCACUGUGAAACCAGGCUCUGCCCCGAGGGAAUUUAUGGCCUCAAGUGUGAUAAAAAGUGUCCCUGCCACAUGCCCAACACCUGGAGCUGUCACCCCAUGUCUGGAGAAUGCUCCUGCAAGCCAGGCUGGUCUGGGCUGUACUGCAACGAGACGUGUUCCCCGGGCUUCUACGGAGAGUCGUGUCAGCAGAUCUGCAGCUGCCAGAACGGGGCUGACUGCGACAGCGUCACUGGGAGGUGCACCUGUGCCCCUGGAUUUAAGGUAAAAGAUUAUGGUAUCCCUUGUCUGCCUGGAACAUAUGGGGUGAACUGCUCCUCCGUGUGCAGCUGCAAAAACGGGGCCACCUGUUCACCUGUGGAUGGCUCUUGUGCCUGCAAAGCAGGUUGGCAUGGUGUGGAUUGCUCCAUAAAUUGCCCCAGUGGCACGUGGGGACUGGGCUGUAACCUGACCUGCCAGUGUCUUAAUGGAGGGGCUUGCAACGCUCUGGAUGGAACCUGUACCUGUGCCCCAGGAUGGAGGGGAGAGAAAUGUGAACUCCCUUGCCAGGACGGUACCUACGGCCUGGACUGUGCUGAGCGCUGUGACUGCAGCCACGCGGACGGGUGCCACCCCACCACGGGCUACUGCCGCUGCCUCCCGGGAUGGUCAGGUAUUCACUGUGACAGUGUGUGUGCUGAGGGACAGUGGGGUCCAAACUGCUCCUUGCCUUGUUACUGCAAAAAUGGAGCAUCCUGCUCUCCAGAUGAUGGGAUCUGUGAGUGUGCACCAGGAUACAGAGGCACCACUUGCCAGAGAAUCUGCUCGCCGGGCUUCUACGGACACCGCUGCAGCCAGACCUGCCCCCAGUGCGUGCACAGCAGUGGCCCCUGCCACCACAUCACUGGCCUGUGUGACUGCCUGCCUGGAUUCACAGGAGCCCUCUGCAAUGAAGUAUGUCCCAGUGGCAGGUUUGGGAAGAACUGCGCUGGAAUAUGCACCUGCACCAAUAAUGGGACUUGUAAUCCAAUUGAUAGAUCCUGCCAGUGCUACCCUGGAUGGAUUGGUAGUGACUGCUCUCAGCCUUGCCCACCUUCUCACUGGGGACCAAACUGCAUCCACACGUGCAACUGCCACAAUGGAGCUUUCUGCAGCGCCUACGAUGGGGAGUGCAAGUGCACCCCGGGCUGGACUGGCCUUUACUGCACACAGAGGUGUCCCCUGGGGUUUUUUGGGAAGGACUGUGCCUUGAUCUGCCAGUGCCAGAACGGAGCUGACUGCGACCACAUCAGCGGGCAGUGCACGUGCCGGACGGGCUUCAUGGGGCGGCACUGCGAGCACAAGUGUCCCCAGGGCACAUACGGGUAUGGAUGCCGCCAGAUCUGUGACUGCCUGAACAACUCCACCUGUGACCACAUCACAGGGACCUGCUACUGCAGCCCAGGCUGGAAAGGGGCCAGGUGUGAUCAAGCUGGUGUGAUUAUAGUGGGGAACCUGAACAGCCUGAGCCGUACCAGCACUGCCCUCCCUGCUGACUCCUACCAGAUAGGAGCCAUAGCUGGCAUCAUCAUUCUUGUCCUGGUUGUGCUUUUCCUGCUGGUGCUGUUCAUCAUUUACAGGCAGAAGCAGAAAGGGAAGGAGACACACAUGCCCACCGUGACCUACACCCCUGCUAUGAGGGUCAUCAAUGCAGAUUACACCAUUUCAGAAACCAUCCCUCAUACCAACGGUGGAAAUGUCAACAGCCACUAUUUCUCCAACCCCAGUUACCACACUCUGACUCAGUGCUCCAGCCCACCUCAUGUCACCAACAUGGAGAGACUGGCCUUGGCCAAGGCGAAAAACAGCCAGCUGUUUGUGAACCUGAAGAAUAUGGAGCCUGGAAAGCGAAGUGGUGUCAUGGACUACACAGGAACACUGCCAGCAGACUGGAAACACGGUGGCUACCUCAAUGAGCUUGGUGCUUUUGGACUUGAUAGGGGAUAUGUGGGGAAGUCCCUGAAAGAUCUGGUGAAGAACUCGGAAUACAAUUUAAGUAAUUGCUCACUGAGCAGCUCUGAGAACCCCUAUGCUACUAUCAAAGACCCACCAGCUCUGGUGCCAAAGAGUUCAGAAUGUGGCUAUGUGGAAAUGAAGUCCCCGGCACGCCGCGACUCCCCCUACGCCGAGAUCACCGGCUCUGCCACUGCCAGCAAGAACGUGUAUGAAGUUGAGCCCACGGUGAGCGUUGUCCAGGGCGCGUUCGGCAGCGGCGGCGGGCGCUUCGGCCAGGAUCCCUACGACCUCCCAAAAAACAGCCACAUUCCGUGCCACUACGACCUCCUUCCCGUCCGGGAGAGCCCCACGCCCUCCACAAAGGAGGUCAGCAGCGAAUGACCCCGCAAGAAGCUGAUGCCUACAGCCCUGGGACUCUCAAGGGGCAGAGGGGCACGGUCGCGCUCCUUCCUCUCUAGUUUACCAUCUCUCUUGGCUCUGUCCGGCAGAUAAUUGCUGUACCUUGAGCAGAAUCUCAGCACGAGGUCUGUAUUGCGUAUACAAGUGACAGAUGGACAAAUGCCACACUCUGGGGAUCCUGAUUAUUCUUUUUUCUUUUUAUUCACGGCAGUAAAUUUUAUAGAAACAGGUAUGCAACACAUUUAUACUGUAAUAUACUGGCUUAAAAAAUAGUAGUUUGCAGAUUAGUCUUGGUAACAUCACAUUUUAGGGACUUCAAAUAUAGGCUUCAUGUCUGUCAUGUUCCAGAGUAGUAAUGCUCCCAGGACAGUGCAAUUUACCAAAUACCACUUUGUACAGGUGAUCUGAUUCACCAGUUGCUCACUAGUUGAAGGAGAACUGCCUUGCCAAAUUCUACCUUCCAUUCUUAUCUUUAGUCAAGACAUAUUACAAGAAAAAACAAGAUCUGAUGGGGAUAAGGAAGCACAACGUUGCAGUUGUUUGAGAAAUCCAUCAUCAGGCUUUGCCGUCCAUUGCAGGUGGUGGAUGUACUUGGCUUGAAUAGUUCUGGAGAUUAAAUAAUUGCAUACAUCAGUAUUUACAUGAUGCUUCAAGAUCUCUUAGUACUGCAGACCCAGCACCAGUCUUCAACAAGUAUUUUGCUACAGUUCAGCUUCAUACGUUGCAGUUGUGACCACUAUUUCUGCCACACACAAGCUAAUGAUCCACAACAUAUCAGUUUAUUGCUUAAAAAAAAUAUGUAAAUUGAAUCAGUUUAUUUUUGUCACCAUGGACUGAUUAUGUAAGGAGUGGACAAAGGUGAUGACUUCUGUAAAUCUUAACUGCAAGGAAGGGUUUACAUUUUAUAAAAAGGUAGUAAUAAUUACUGUAAUAUAGGAUAAAAAUAGUAAAGUGUUCUGACUUCUUUUUUCUUCUAAAUAACUAAGCAAACUCUGUGCAUACUUGCUAAAAAGGCACCUUUUCUUUUUUAUAGUCGAUGUAGGGAAAACACAUGCUUAAGCUGGUCUUUUGCAUUGCUAAUAAUGUGACACAUGUACCCCCCCACCUCCAUUAACUUCUAUCUCCAUUUUUAUGCUGCGUGUCUGUGUUUUUAGUGAACUAGCUUGUAACUGCAAAAAUAUUCUAGUGUGUGUGUCCAUUUCUUUUGCAUUUUUGCCAACUGGCCUUUAUUUUGUCCGGUUCAAAGGACCUCUGGGCAGAGCAAGAGGAUCAAAAGUAAGAAUUCACAGUGAUGUCUAUCAGAGGUGAUUAAAGAAUACCUAACAGUUCAGAUUAAUUCAUUAAUUCAGGGGAAGAAAAUUAUUGUGGUUUUUUGUUGAGAAUGCCAACAAGAACCCAGAAGAAAAGUAAAGAAGCAGCUCCUCCCUUGUCCUUGUCCCAAGGGUUGGUGUGUUGCUGAUGGAUGGGGAAAAGGAUCCUGGCUGCUUUGCAGUUCCCUGGGCUUUUCUGUUGCAUCCUUGGAAUAAAGAAUUCCAUUAUGGUUUAGAUUUGGAAUGUACAGGUAUUAGCUAUGAGAUUUCUAAGGCUGGUUGCCAUUUAAUCCCUGUCUAAGAUGAAGUAUUGAUUGGGUUUGUAUGCAUCUAGAUAAAGUGUAGAGCUACUGGCAUAUAUAUUUUUUUUUGUAUUGUGUGAAACAGACUUUAAAAUAAAACCUUUCUUCUCUGAAGCCAUGAAUAGAAAACGCUGCACUUAAAAAUUGGAAGCUCACAAAAAAGUCUUGCUGUUUUUGAAGACCACUAGGUAAAUUGUCUUCAUCACAUGAAAAAUUAACAUAGGAAAGUGAAGAGCUGAAUAAAUGUUGGGAGUUUUUUUUUUAAUUUCCAGUAUGCCACAUAUCCUCGAGUGAUACAUUCACUCAAAGAGUCAUGAAAAUAGAUGAGUUUACUGUAAUUUUGCUUAUGGUGUGUGUUCUAAAUGUACACAUCACUGAGGUCUGCCUUUCUGCAUGCAAGUGAAACUCCUGCUGUGUAGUCAGCAGCAGCAGUGUCUGCAUGAAUCUGAGCUGGAUCUGCAGUACAUACAGGGCAAGCAAAUGGCUUGUGAAUUUACUUCAGAGAAUGAUGGCUGGUGAGGUGCUCAGAACACUGAUUUCCUGGAGUGCACUCUGCUCUCAGCUUCAGAGAUCCCCAGUCAAUCCUCAUGACUGCCAGACAGCUCUUCUUGUAGAUCCCACUGUGGUCUUCACACAAUUUAAAUACUUCUGAAGGUGCAUUCUCUAGGGUGCAGGGGCAGACUGAACGCAUCAGUUGAUGGAGCAAUUUUAGCAAGCACUCAGAGAACUGGCUUCACCACAGACAGGAAUGGAAAGGGAUGCCUUGCCUCAAUAUAUUCACACUGCAAUAGUGACAAAAUACAGCACUGAAAAUGGAGGUAGCUCUCCCCUAGAGGCGUGCGGCACCAAGUUAGUAGCUGACUUUAAAGUAGUGAAUAUAAACUUUAGGCUUUAAAUACUGUAGGCAUUAUUAAUUCAGGCCACUUAGAAGCAUAACGAACCUCACGGCUUUCUACUAUAUCCAAGAUUUUAAUCACAACACACUGUUACAUAUAAAAUCUGUCCUUAUCUUGAUCUACCCAGAGAACUUCCAUUAACUUUAAUUGGAGAUGUACAAGCAGAUUAUGGGAAGGAAGAUUUCAUUGUACUCACACUUUCUGCUGAGACAAUCCACAAGUUCAUAUUGAAGUGAAGCUAGGAUAAAAUCAAAAGCAAGGAAUGUGUUACUCUAAAUACAUUGGAUUUUCAAAUACACUAACAACAAUUUUUUAUUCAGUAUGUAUCCAAAUAGUAAUUCUUACACCGAAGCUCUUAAGUCCAGACUGAAGAACACAGAGCUAGUUUUGACAAAAAAUGCUUUAUAUUAAAGAUUGUACAUACAGUAUCUGAAAUUACUGAAAACAAAUGAGUGUAUGUUUAUCAGUUACUGUAGAGAAAACCUUGUCAUUUGAUACACUCAUAGUAGUGCUAGAGCACUGAACAUAACUUUUCUUUAGCCCCCAAGACUUCACUUUGAUAUGAUUGAACUGUAUUGUAUUUUUAAAGAAAACCUAUCAAGUAUGCCUGGCUUUUUUCUUAGUUGUAACAAAAAAAGUGUUUUGUUGUGAAAACAUAUAUAUAUUUUCCAAAGAUGACUGAUGUUCAUCAUUCUCCCUCUCACUACCAUGUAUUUCACGUCACUUCACAUACCUGUAGGUUAAUACAAUAAAGUUUCUAAUGAAAGAUG